AUGGCACCAGAUGAUAAAGAUCAAUAUUCGUCUAAUACGUUGGGCUUGACUGAGGCGGAGACGGCCCUGCUGGAUUUGGCAGCUGACGAUCGCCGAGAAGUCUUAUCGGUAUCUAGCAAGGAGGAGCUACUAUUGCAACUCUAUGAUCAAAUCCAGGAACUAGAGCUAGAACGCGCAAUCUUAGAGCAAGAUGCAGAGGAAACCAUCGCUCAAGAUGUGGAAGAGCAGCUGUCAGUCGCAGAGCGCGAACUCCUAGAAGCUCGCGCAACCUUUACAGUGCGAAGAAAAGCCACCGAGUCGAUUCUCAUGACGGAUCCGAUUCUGAAAGCAGUGCAUUUGAAGGCGGCAUCCCCUGCGGAAAGAGCCCUUCUUCCACUAAUCAAUCGUCGAGAUGUACUCUCCCUCGUUUAUGAAAAUCUCGUCAACGCGCGAACCACUACGGUGGAAGCACUGUCAAAUGCCGAAGUCGAAAAUCUACGUUUGAUGGAACAAAAUAAGGGACUGGCCUCUGAACUCUUGGAGCUAACAGCGCAAGAGACGUUGUGGCGCGACCGCAUUGAUGACGAAGCCGUUAUUGCGCAGAUGGAGGAUAUCGAGCAAGAGUACAAGAAGACUCGCGCUCGGAGGGAUACCAUAAAGAGCGUUAUUAGCGCAUUGGUAGUAGGAAGCGGAGUUGACUGGGCUCGCGAUGACCGAUUGCGCAGUUUGGUGCUGGAUGAGCUUGAUUGA